AUGUCCUCGUCGGCAGCUCUCAACGACGCCCUUGCCGCGACAACUUCUCCAUCCCCUGUGAGCGAUCGUGCUCUGACCGACUCACGUCUUGCCAACGUCGCCUCUCGCGGGAGAGGCCCAAGCGCUGACGAGGACAAGCAGAUCAAGGUCGUACAGCACAAGAAAAGUGGGUCGACGCUCGCUCACAAGCGUUCCGUCAAGUCGAUCACCGAGGAGUACGAACAUCUUGAGGAGAACUCCAUCUUCUUGCGUCCCCCAUCCCGCUCCUCUCGCUCCUCCUCGCCGACCUCUCCAGCUGCGCAGCUGUCUCCACCAGGCUCUAGCCUCCAUCACAGCCUCGACGUACCCCAAGCUCGGAACACACCUGCUCUCCACAAACGCAACUCGUUCUUGCUCCCCGAAAGCUCGGAAGGCGCCUCUCCUGUGGAUACACCGCCUCGUCCGAGAAGCCUAAGCAGCAGCUCCGGCACGACGCUCUCUAGAUCGCCAUCCAUCAGACUCGCCAGCGGCUCGUAUCCAUCGACACUCCAACCACCGUCCAGAAAGUCUUCCACGUCUUCCAUCCGUUCUCUGCCAGAGCCUCCCCCGCAGCUCAGUCAGCUUGCAGACAAGGCGUCCGUCGCGGGUCCUACAAAGGACGACCAACUGCAAGUCAUCGAGUCAGUCGUCGUCAUGGGCACACCUACAGCUCACACUUCGCCCAAUACGGCUUCGGCCCAGACCGAGCAUCCAGAACCGAAUGUCGGCCAAACGAAUGGCUCCACGUCUGCCGCGGACACCAUCGCGUCGGAGGUUGCCAACGAUGACGCGCUUUACGAGGACAUGGACACCGUAGCCGACCUCAGCAGCUCUCACGCCGAUUCGGGUCUGUUGUCUGCCUCUGAUGCUGUCGACUUCUCCAAAAUGACCCUUGCAGAGAGGCGCGAGCAUUCGCGAAGACACUCGCAUGUGCACAGUCGCAAUCUGAGUGUCUUCUUCCCACGACCAGGCACCGAAGCCGAAGCGGAAGCCGAUGCUGCCAAAGCACGCGAGCAGUUCGAACAUGGCGCAGAUACCGCCGCUGCCUCUACUUCUUACGCUACUGGUACGAUGGGAAGCGAUGCAAAGGUGCAUCGCCGCGGUGGAAGCGGCAAUCGUCCACAGAUCACGGUCAGCACAGAUACUGCUACACUCUCGCCUCGAUCCGCCAGCUUUGCCGCGCUCACCGCCAAUCAACAGCGCUCGAGCAACAGCAGGCUCGAGACGCCGAACCAGCUAGGCAGCGAUCUCUCGCCGAGCCCGACAAAGAGCAGACGCGGACAUCACCAUCGUCACAGCGUCGCUAUGCUCGACUCGGGCCUGAGUCCUGUCACAUCCAUGCACAAUGGCCACGCGAUGGAGAGAUCCACGUCAUCCACGUCUUACUUUUCCGAGACCUCGCAUGCAGCUCCCUUCGACGCCACUCACGAUCACCAUUCACACGAUCACAGUCACAGUCACGGUCACGGCCACCAAGUCAAACGAUCGCUGCACGCGCGAACAGUAUCAGCGCUAGGUCAUAUCCCACAAGCGUCGCGGCCGCUCUUGUUGUUCGGAAUCUCUCACUUUGGCCUGGGUGCUGGGCUGUGGAUGGCAGGGCAGGAGGCAGACUCUCUCUCGGCCACCGGUCUGGGCUAUCUGGUGGUGUUCGAUGCUAUGGGUAUCCUCAGCAGCGCCAUCUCAGAUUGGGCGCUCGAGUGGGAGCAGCACGCCAGUGAUCUUCGUAGAAGGAGAGGCAAGCCCGAGGGUGCUACAAUGAAGCGUCCUUACGGCAUGCACCGCGUUUCGACUUUGCUGCACUUUGUGCAAACCAUUUACCUGCUGUUUGCCAGCGUCUAUGUGCUCAAAGAGUCGGUCGAGCAUGCACUGCUGGAAGGCGGCGGUAGUGGAGACGUUCAAGGCGGUGCGGAUGGUCUGAUGGAGUCGGCUUCGGGACACGAUCAUUCACACGCGCAUGCCGAGCACUCGCUGGGGAUCGUGAUGCCCAACCUGCUGCUGGCUCUGUCGCUUGCUGCUUGCGUCGUGUCCAACAUUGUGAUGGGCAACCACGCUAGGUUGGUGGCUGCUUGUGGCAUCAGCACCGCAGCGUCGGGUGGCUCGUCGGGAGGGCCGCGUCACGGACGAAGCGGGUCGGUGCUCAUGCGUCCGUCGGAGCUGGCAUCGCCGCUGCUGGCCCUUUUGGCCAACCCGUUCAGCUUGACGGUGCUGUUCUUCAGUUCGGCAUUGCUGUUUGCGGGCUUGACGAUGCCGUCAAUUCAGGUGGCGGCGCUGGACAAGGUGCUUGCGGGGCUCGAAUCCGUUUCCAUGUUUUACGUCGCCUAUCCCGCAUCGGUAGCGUUAGGCAAAGUGUUGCUGCAAACGGCGCCCGCAGACGCUUCUCCGAACAAGCAGCAGCUCAAGCGUGCGCUCAAGGUGGUGGAGCAAAACCCACUCGUCUCGUACGUCCCACCGCCCAACGUGUGGCAGUUGACACCUCCCACCUCUGCCUUGGUUCAAGCGGAUCGUGGAUCCGGCAUGCUCUCCGGUUCCAGCGGUAGCGGCGCAAGAGGGGUGCACUUUGGCAGCAAGAGCGCAUCUUUGGUCGUUGCAGUCACGGUGUUUCUGCGGGCGGAAGCAUCGGAUGAGGACUGCUUCGAGAUGACCAAAUGGCGGGCCACCCGAUCCACAGCCGAUCUAGAAGAAGGACGCAAGAAGAAAAAGUGUUUGAACAGCAGCGGCGGAUCUUCGGAUACAUCGUGCAUGGUGUGA